CGGCGCAGGUGGACUUCUGCCAGGUGCUGCAGAUCUUCUUCCCCUUCAGCACGCAGCUCUACCCCCGCGAGUUCCCCGGCCACGACCCCCGCGACUGCCCGCGCGACGUGGGCAAGGCGGCGGCGCUGCGCCUGGGCUGCAUCAACGCCGAGUACCCGGACUCCUUCGGCCACUACCGCGAGGCCAAGUUCUCCCAGACCAAGCACCACUGGUGGUGGAAGCUGCACUUCGUGUGGGAGCGGCUCCGGGCGCUGCGGGAGCACGCGGGGCUGGUGCUCUUCCUGGAGGAGGAUCACUACCUGGCCCCCGACUUCUACCACGUCCUCAAGCAGAUGUGGGCGCUGAGGCAGCAGGAGUGUCCGGAGUGCCAGAUCCUCUCCCUGGGCAGCUACAAUGUAGUGCGGGGCGGCUUCUCCGGCAAGGCCGACAAGGUGGAGAUGAAGACGUGGAAGUCCACCGAGCACAACAUGGGCAUGGCCUUCAGCAGAGAGACGUACCAGCAACUGAUCGAGUGCACGGAUGCCUUCUGCACCUAUGACGACUACAACUGGGACUGGACGCUGCAGCAUUUGACUAUCUCUUGUCUUCCAAAGUUCUGGAAAGUGCUAGUACCUGAAAUCCCCAGGGUUUUUCAUACAGGGGACUGUGGUAUGCACCACAAGAAAUCCUGCAGACCAUCCACCCAGAGUGCCAAAAUCGACUCUCUCUUAAACAACAACCAACAGUACCUGUUUCCUGAAACAAUGAGUGUCAGUAAAAGGUACUCCAUGGCACCUCUCUCUCCUCAUGUGAAAAAUGGAGGGUGGGGAGAUAUUAGAGACCAUGAACUCUGUAAAAGUUACCGCAGACUGCAGUGAAAAAGUCACACUCUCAUAAUAGCCUCUUUCAAAUUAUUCCAUAUUGUCUUAUGGACAAACAUGUAUAAAAGGGUUUGAUUUCUGCUUUAAUAAUAAACAUUCUUGUAAAAGGUGU